ACUAACACGCGAAUCUUUUUGUUCCAGGCUACCAGCGGGCAUCUACAAAACAAAAGCGCAAGACAAUCCCUCAAAAUUACUCGAAUUCAAUCCCCCAGCAACAAACCCAGCACCCUGAGUUUCACAGAUCCAUUCGGGCCUCCCCAGUCUUCGGACGGGGGGGGCCCGUCUACCCCCCAGCCGGCCCUCACCAACCAGGACAACAUCGACCACCAACACCACCAUCUCGGUGGCUCCCAGACCCCACAUGACAUCACGAACUCUGCAAACUCUACUCCCACAAAUGUCUCCUCCAAAUCUGCCUUUAUAGAGCUCCAACAACAUGGGUAUGGGCCUUUCAAGGGUGGUUAUCAACAUCCUCAUCAUUUUGGGAGUCCUGGAGGACAGCAGAACCCUCAUGAGGCGUCAGGGUUUCCAAGUCCAAGGUCGUUAGGAUAUCCCUUCCCCCCUAUGCACCAAAACACUUAUGGGUACCAUUUAGGUUCAUACGCGCCUCAGUGUGCCAGUCCGCCUAAAGAUGAAAAAUGCGGUUUAUCCGACGACCCCGGGCUUCGUGUGAAUGGCAAAGGCAAGAAGAUGAGGAAACCACGCACCAUAUACUCCAGUCUUCAACUCCAGCAGCUGAAUAGGAGGUUUCAAAGGACGCAGUACCUAGCGCUGCCCGAGCGAGCUGAGCUGGCUGCCAGCUUGGGACUCACCCAGACUCAGGUGAAAAUAUGGUUUCAAAAUCGCCGUAGUAAAUACAAGAAGAUGAUGAAGGCUGCUCAGGUCGGCGCCCCCCCGCCCAGCCUCGGACUGCCUCCGUCCAGCCCGCCCAACAACAACCAACUAUUACACGGCGGUGGCGGCAGCUCCAGCGGUUCCCAACACUCGCCGUCUGCGUACCAGAGCGGGGGUCCUGCGCAGGCGCACUCCCCGACGCCGAGCUCGACCCCCGUGUCCGAGCUGUCCCCCGGACUGUCCCCCACCGGGACCCCCUGGGACGUGAAGCAGCCCCCGCAGCCGUCUUGGGAUGUCAAGGUCGGAUAUCCGACGGCGGGCCGGUCUCCUGACGGCAGCUCGUGCGAUGUGAAGCCCCCUCACCAACAAUCAUGGGAUACCAGGGUCGGAUAUGAGGGUUAUUUCGCGCCACAGUCAGAUGACGUAGAAGGUUCGCCAGGCGCCGACGGCAUGAGGGGCCGGCCGAUGCCUUGGAUGCUAAAGGGCGCGCCGCCCGGCCCCUGGGACAUGAAAGGUGCGCACGCCGCCCACGCGCUGCACCACCAGGGCGCCCCGCAGCCCCACCCGCCCUAUAUGCCGCAGUACUCCUGGUACCAAACCGAUGCCAACCCUGGACUUCUCACGGUUUGGCCAGCAGUUUAACAGCCAACGCACAACACAAAUAUAAAUGAACGUAAGUUUUAAACCAAUACCUAAUGGCGAAACAUAGCCAUCACAAAAUGGCGUCGACAUGGCGCGAAACAUCGGCACAACCAACUUUUAAUUAUAAGCAGAAUUAUUUAAUAGUAAUAAUGAAAAAUCAUUGUAAAUUUUUAUAACUAAUAAUAAAUAGGGAAUAAUUGUUCAUAAUGGUUACUGUAUAAUGUAAUAAUAUGUUAAUAAAGCAGCUGUUGUUGAGCUAAAUAAUUAUUAUUUUCGUGAUAAUUUCGCUAAUAAAAAGAUUUCAAAUCGUCGUUUGUUUAAUACUUUAAACUAUUCCUUCGUUACCAGUUUUUCUUACUCCUUACAUCCCUAAUUAACUAUAAGUAUUUAUUCCGUUUCCUACCUCAUAAUUAUUUAGCUCAUCAACAAAUUUGUAUUCCUAUAAACUAAAAUAAUGUCUUGGCAAUCGGGACAGUCAGCUGAUCAGAUCCUACAAUCCUUGUUACUGAUUGGCUGAUGAUCACGUCAUGUCCUGGACGGACGAAUCAGUGUUUGUCAACUUGAAAUUUGACAGAUGUAAAUGUGUUGGCUCUUUCGUAAAUGAAUUUUAGU